CAUUACUCAUCACCACCACCACCUGUAAAGUCUCCUCCUCCACCAUACUACUACACCUCUCCACCACCACCCAAGAAAUCACCACCUCCUCCUUACUACUAUGUAUCUCCUCCUCCACCAAUUAAAUCACCCCCUCCUCCAUACUACUACUCUUCUCCACCCCCACCAAAAAAGUCUCAUACUCCAUACUAUUACACUUCCCCACCACCACCCAAGAAAUCCCCUCCAUCUCCCUAUUACUACACCUCACCACCACCACCAACUCAUUAUUAUCCUCCACACUAUGAUCAAUUAGUGGUUAAAGUUGUUGGAAAAGUGUACUGCUUCAAGUGUUACGAUUGGGCAUAUCCGAAGAAAUCCCAUAACAUGAAACAUCUCAAAGGUGCAAUAGUUGAAGUAACUUGUAUGGCGGAUAAAAAGAAAAUUGUGGCAUAUGGAACCACCAAGAUCAAUGGAAAGUAUAGCAUUGAAGUUAAAGGGUUUGACUACAGGAAAUACGGAGGAAAGUCAUGCAAGGCUAAACUUCACACACCACCCAAGGGUUCCAAGUGUAACAUCCCUACUAACUUUCAUACGGGCAUUAAGGGUGCUACACUAAGAAUCAAAUCAAAGACACAUUAUGAAGUUGUUCUAUAUGCAAAACCAUUUGCUUAUGCCCCAAAGACUCCUUAUGAGAAAUGUGAGAAGCCCAAACCCACCCCUAUUCCAUACUACUACAAAUCUCCCCCACCACCAACUUACUACUACAAAUCACCGCCGCCUCCUUCACCAUUGCCUAAACCAACAUAUUCAUAUAAGUCACCUCCACCACCAUCCACUUAUUACUACAAGUCUCCUCCACCCCCAUCUCCAUCACCACCACCACCAUAUUAUUACAAAUCUCCUCCUCCACCUUCACCAUCUCCUCCUCCACCUUAUUAUUAUAAAUCCCCACCUCCUCCUUCACCGUCACCUCCACCACCAUACUAUUACAGGUCUCCACCUCCUCCAUCACCAUCACCUCCACAUCUAUACUAUUAUAAGUCUCCACCACCCCCAUCCUCAUCACCACCACCACCACCCUAUUAUUACAAAUCUCCUCCUCCGCCAUCUCCUUCUCCUCCUCCACCCUACUAUUACAAGUCACCACCACCUCCAUCACCGUCACCCCCGCCACCAUACUAUUAUAAGUCUUCACCACCCACAUCUCCAUCACCACCACCACCCUACUACUACAAGUCUCCACCUCCUCCAUCACCAUCACCCCCGCCACCAUACUAUUAUAAGUCUCCACCACCCCCAUCUUCAUCACCACCACCACCCUACUACUACAAGUCUCCACCUCCUCCAUCACCAUCACCCCCGCCACCAUACUAUUAUAAGUCUCCGCCACCUCCAUCUCCAUCACCACCACCACCCUACUACUACAAGUCUCCACCUCCUCCAUCACCAUCACCCCCGCCACCAUACUAUUAUAGGUCUCCACCACCUCCAUCUCCAUCGCCACCACCACCCUACUACUACAAAUCCCCUCCUCCACCCUCACCCUCUCCUCCUCCACCCUACUAUUACAAGUCUCCACCUCCUCCGUCACCAUCACCCCCACCACCAUACUACUACAAGUCUCCACCACCACCAUCGCCAUCUCCUCCACCUCCAUACUACUAUCAAUCCCCUCCUCCACCAUCUCCUUCUCCCCCUCCACCGUAUUACUACCAUUCACCUCCCCCACCAUCCCCAUCUCCCCCUCAACCAACAUACAUUUAUGCUUCUCCACCCCCACCAACCAAGUACUAA